GGGGCCGUCGCUGUGUGGGGUAAACAAUAAUGGCGGAGGCUGCGGUGGCCCCCGGUGGUGGCGGAGUAGCGGGAGCGACAGCCACGGCAGCGGUUGUCACGGCUUCCAGCGCUGGCGACUCCGCCACCACCCUCACCACCACGGCCUCCAGCCUCCCCACAACCGAGCCUCAGCCACCAUCCGCCGGAGCCGGAGGGGGAAGCAUCAGCUGUUGGACUAAGCAAGUCGCCUGCAGAUAUUUCAUGCAUGGUGUUUGCAAGGAAGGGGACAACUGUCGUUAUUCCCAUGACCUCUUCACUACUCACUCUGGCAUGGUGUGUAGGUAUUUUCAGCGAGGAUGCUGUGCUUAUGGAGAUCGUUGCAGAUAUGAACAUACCAAGCCAUUGAAAAGAGAAGAAACGACUACUGUGAGUCCAGUUACAAAAACCUAUCCUUCGGCCUCAACGGAUGUGAUCCCAUCUCCUGGAACACUUAAAGUGAGCAGCAAUGAGACUGAAGACAAAGAGCUGGCAGCUGCAGGAGCUGGGGCUGAAGAUUGGGUGAAUGCUGUGGAGUUUAUUCCUGGGCAGCCGUAUUUUGGUCGUGCUGCUCCUUCCUGCACUGAAACUCCCCUGCAGGGAAUGGUAAUUGAAGAGGAAUAUGAAAAACAGCAAACCAGCUUAGAGAUGAAGAAACAACUAUGUCCCUAUGCUGCAGUAGGAGAAUGCCGUUAUGGAGAAAACUGCGUAUAUAUUCAUGGGGAUAUUUGCGACAUGUGCGGCUUGCAAGUCCUCCAUCCUGCUGAUGCUGCACAGAGAUCAUUACACAUAAAGUCUUGCAUCGAAGCUCAUGAGAAGGACAUGGAGCUCUCCUUUGCAGUUCAGCGUAGUAAAGACAUGGUGUGUGGAAUCUGCAUGGAGGUGGUAUAUGAAAAAGCCAAUCCCAGCGAGCGUCGAUUUGGGAUUCUAUCCAACUGCAAUCAUACUUACUGUCUCAAGUGCAUUCGCAAGUGGAGGAGUGCUAAACAAUUUGAGAGCAAGAUCAUAAAGUCCUGCCCAGAAUGUCGGAUCACAUCUAACUUUGUCAUUCCAACAACAAGCCAUGCAGGUAUUUUGAUGAAGGCCGUGGGAGCUGCCCAUUUGGAGGGAACUGUUUUUACAAACACGCAUAUCCUGAUGGCCGCCGAGAGGAGCCCCAAAGGCAGAAAGUGGGAACUUCAAGUAGAUACAGAGCUCAGCGAAGAAACCGGUUCUGGGAAUUCAUUGAAGAGAGGGAGAGCAGCGAUCCCUUUGAGAAUGAUGAGGAUGAGGUGGUGACCUUUGAGCUGGGUGAAAUGCUUCUCAUGUUGCUGGCGGCAGGAGGCGAUGAUGACCUAACAGACUCCGAGGAUGAAUGGGACUUGUUUCAUGAUGAGCUGGAAGACUAUUAUGACUUGGACCUAUAGCACAUCUUUGUGGUGUCUGGACUGUCUGCUCCAUUUUUUUCCCCCUCCCGGGCAGCAGCUCUUUUUCCUGUGGUGUUGUGGCAGUGCCUGUGUUUUUCUCCUAGGCAGGCCUAUCAAUUCCAGGCGCUGCUGUUGUAAUACCUUCCCCCCCCCCCAAGCCCUCAAAAUCUGUCUCUUUUCCCCUCCCUCCAUCCUGUCCUCCUUUCCAAGCCCUAGGAGUGUGUUUCUUUUUCUGUUAAACAAAUGACAUGAAAUAAACCUUUAAAACGUUAGGUUUUUUUUUUUUUUUGUAAAAAUGAAUUUAACUGUCAGACA